CUCUGCGGAGGGCGCGGGAGGGAUCGUGGGCGGAGCGACCCGGUCCGGGACCGGAUCAGAUCGGGGAACAUGGCGGCGGCCGGCCGGAGGGUGGCGAAGGAGCUUGAUGCCAUUAAGAAAUUAGGGUUACGAUACCUCCGGAAUAUUCAAGCAGACGUGACCAAUAUUCUCCUUUGGAAAGGACUUUUAGUGCCGGAUAAUCCUCCAUACAAUAAAGGUGCCUUCUGGAUUGAGAUCAGUUUUCCACAUGAGUAUCCACUCAAGCCUCCCACAAUAACUUUCAAAACCAAGAUCUACCACCCCAGUGUGGAUGAGAUGGGUCAACUGUGCCUGCCAAUCAUCAGCGCAGAUAACUGGCAGCCUUCUACAAGGAUAAACCAAGUAAUUGAGGCCUUGAUAGUGCUGGUGAAUAAGCCUGAAAUAGACCACCCAUUGCGCCCAGAAGUUGCUAAGGAGUUCAAACAGGACUACGAGAAAUUCCUGUUGCGGGCAGAAGAUCACACCUGCAGUUUCAGUGAGCAGCGGCCAUGCGAGUGACCUGUGCCCCCGGAUCAGUGUCUGCCCUACGUAGCUGCCUAUCUAUUCUUUAGAACAGUGUUUCUCAACCGUGGCAACUUUAAGACGUAUGGACUUCAACUCCCAGAAUUCCCCAGCCAGCAUGUUUUAAAGACUGGAGACCUUGUCUACUAAUGGGAUGGUAGAGAAGGGGGAUCAGACAAAUAAUGUACAUGAUGAAAUUCUGGAUUGUUCUGACUUUAAGGCCAGAACUACCCAUUUGGGGAACAUUCAUACUCUUGAACAGGCACAGAUUCGAACUUGAGGUGCAGAUUCAUCUGAGUUAAGUUAAAAUCUGUGCCUGUUCAAGGGUAUAAAUGAAAUCCUGUGUUACCUCCCCAUCCUGGAGCUAAAAUCUGUUCCCAAAAAGAGUAGUUCUGGCCUUAAAGGCAGCAUUGGAUUUCGAUAACUUUCAAGUCAAACUGAAGAGAUGACAUGGUUUUCUAAGACAGAACAAUUUUCUCCAAAAUGAACAGAACAAAUUAGGACAUCUGCAAAGUUUCAGGAGUACGUCAGAGAAUCAGAGUUAGAAUUCCACAGAGAAAGUAGUAAGUUUUCUGUUUUCCAAAUGUGGAAACACUGGGUUGAUGAGAGGAGGGGAAAAGCUGAGAGGGUUGCUUUCUAAUCAAAGAAUGACUUACAAUGAACAGACCAACAGGAAUGCUUCUGGGGAGAAAAAAGGGUAUUGCACUUUCGCUUUGUAACUUGCCAUUUUCUUGCUAGUUCUAUCUUACCUAAGACGAAGAAAAUAAACACGUUCUUAAUUCUU